GCCGCAAGCUCUAUCGAUCACAAAGCAGCCAGCAGCCCGCAGCAGACAAACUCUGCAGUAGACAACACGCAGUGCAAGAUGGCGACUUAGUCGGGCUGAGGAGCAACCCAUUCACGACCAUGGCGAUGUCAAAUCUCUACUCCAAGAUCGCGCCCAAACCCGAGAAGGAGCGGCAGCGGUACAGGGAGCUGGCGGUCACCCAGACCAACGCCUGGGUCAACGCUGAAAGUUGCAACAAUGGUGGAUUUUCAAUUACCCCACCGAACAGCGUCUCACAACGUGAGGCCAUGCAAAUUCUACAGCCGGCCAGCGCACCCACUUCACCUCUCGCAUCACCCAACCUGACAUCAACGACAAGCACAACAUUCAGUUUGAAUGUGGCAGGUUGUAGCUCAGAAAUGACAACAUCGAACAGCAACGGCUCAUGCAGCAAUACCACAAGCAACAGCAGUUCAUGUCUUUUACUCCAACAUGGGCAAGGCACAGUAGACCCCAAUUGGCAAGCUACAAAACCUAGUGUACGAGAACGUAAUGCCGCCAUGUUCAAUAAUGAACUCAUGGCAGAUGUGCGCUUCAUGGUUGGAAACCCUGGGCACACCCAAUGCAUUCCAGCCCACAAAUAUGUGCUGGCCACUGGUAGCUCAGUAUUUUAUGCCAUGUUUUAUGGUGGGCUUGCUGAUGACAAGGAAGAAAUUGAGGUACCUGAUGUUGAACCACCAGCCUUCCUAACUUUAUUAAAAUAUUUAUACUGUGAUGAAAUACAACUAGAAGCUGACACUGUUUUAUCUACUCUUUAUGUGGCUAAAAAGUACAUAGUCCCACAUUUAGCUCGUGCUUGUGUCAACUACCUAGAAACCAGUUUGACUGCAAAAAAUGCUUGCUUGUUGCUAAGUCAAUCCAGACUAUUUGAAGAGCCAGAUCUAAUGCAAAGGUGCUGGGAAGUCAUCGAUGCACAGGCUGAGAUGGCUUUGAGGUCAGAGGGCUUUGUUGACAUUGACAUGGCUACUCUGGAGUCCGUUCUCUCAAGAGAAACCUUGAACUGCAAGGAAAUGCACUUAUUUGAAGCAGCGCUCAACUGGGCUGGAGCUGAAUGCCUUCGGAAAGAAAUUGAUGCAACUGCAGAUAACAAGAGAGCUGUUCUUGGCACGGCUCUUUUCCUCGUUCGGUUGCCCACAAUGAGCCUAGAGGAUUUUGCCAAUAGUGCGGCACAGCUGGGAGUCCUUACACCGCAAGAAACAAUAGAUAUCUUUCUGCACUUCACAGCGCACAGCAAACCUAUGCUUUCAUUUCCGACUAGAGCUCGCGCUGGUCUCAAACCUCAGGUUUGCCAUCGGUUCCAGUCAUGCGCCUACCGAAGCAAUCAAUGGCGGUAUCGUGGGCGAUGCGAUUCCAUCCAAUUUAGUGUGGAUAAAAGAAUUUUUGUCGUUGGCUUUGGCCUUUAUGGGUCAUCUAAUGGUGCAGCUGACUACACAGUAAAAAUUGAAUUGAAACGACUAGGUCGAGUACUUGCUGAGCACAAUACAAAGUUUUUCUCUGAUGGUUCCAGCAACACAUUCCAUGUAUACUUUGAACAUCCUAUACAGGUGGAACCAGAAAGCUACUACACAGCUUCUGCCAUUCUUGAUGGUGUUGAACUAAGCUACUUUGGGCAAGAAGGCAUGAGCGAAGCAGCAGUUGGAGCAGUCACAUUUCAGUUUCAAUGUUCUUCCGAAAGCACAAAUGGUACAGGAGUUCAAGGAGGUCAAAUACCAGAACUCAUUUUCUAUGGGCCCUCUCAACCCCUUGAAGAUCACUGAUACAUGUAUCAACUGGGCCUGGCAGUCCGAAGGUUCUUAUCAGUCAUACAGUGCAGUCUGAACAAAUUUCAACCAAACAGGAAGACAAAAAAGGCUCAGAAAUAUAAUUUACCUGAAUUUGACGAUGAAAGACCCACCCAAGCUGAAGCCAAGAAGCAAAACAAAUUCAAAACUCCUGGAAAGUUGCUUUUAUCCAGUAUACAUGCAUUGGCAAGUGGUUUGGACUGCAUGCGUGUUCAACAAGCUUUCUGAUAUUAAUUGGAGCUCAAGAAAUGAAAACAAGAUGCCUAGUGCCAGGUAACCAGUUACAACAACCCUUUGAUUUGAAAACAACUGUUAUUGAAAAAAUACAUGAGAAGAAAUAGAUCUCUGAACGCUUUGUUUCACCGGUCCCCAAAACAAUUGUUGGCUGUAAAUUUUAAUUAGUUCCUAUUGGUGACCAAGGUAGACAAUUCUGAGAAAAACUUGCAUUGAAUUUAAAACUUAAUAGAACCUUACUCAGCAAUAGCACUUUAACUACCCUGUUUACAAAGAGUUGAACGAGGGGCGUGCCAAUGUACUAGAAAUUGGACUGCACUAUUUUAAAUCGCAAUUAACGUAGGGGAAUUUUGAUAUUUUACGAGGAAAUACAUGAAAUGAAACUGUACUGCAGUAUAGUUUCACCAGCUUUCAAGUGAAAUACUUCAAUUAAUACAUGAAUAGGAAGGUAUCUACUUAAGAGGAUAUUUUGUUUUCACGGGAAUCAUGAAAAUUUUAUCCAAAUGUCAUAGUGACCUAAAAAUAUUUUUUUUGACCUCUUUAAUUGACACCAAUAAUGUAAGAAAUAUUUAUCUAGCAUCUUGAACUUAUUUUUAAAAAGGAGAAGAUUGUUACCCUGUUACAUUUGUAUAGGUUUAGUAAGAUGUCUGGCUGUGCAGAACAAAUUCAAUUCAAUUGUAUAUUCUUAAUAGUCUUGUUUCAGUGCAUCCCAGGGUAAAAUAUAAAUAAAUCGGGGACAGAGCCACUUUAAAUUUUAUUAUGUAUUGUUCGAACUUUGAUACUCUGUUUAGGUAUAGCUUUAAAUAGUCUUUUGGGCAAUUUUAUUCUAAACCCAACCUGCUAAGCACAUACCUUUGAUGUAAAAUUAUUGCACAAGAUAAUCUUUGAAAAGUUGAACUUUAUCAUAGCCUAUUGUUUAUUUAUAUUUUGCUAGUACGUAAAAAUUUAGUUGUAAAUUACUGGUUUUCACCAAAACCAUUCAGUGUAUGCAAUAAAAGGUUGCCUUUGUUGAUUUGGAGCAUUUAACUUACACCUGGCAGAAAGCCUUUGUCCUAUGUUACUUGCUUCUUAUGGACAAUUUUAGUAUAUUUGAGUCUCCUUUAAAUAACUACUUUUCUUUCCUCAUAUAUUUUGUGAAUGAUUGAAUUGUAAGUUGACGAAAUGUCAAGCUUUAUAGAUGUUGUAGUCUAUGUACCAUACUCAAUAAAAAAAUUUGAAGCGAACUAUA